GUGCAGUAGUGGCAUUCUCGUAAUAUUGCAAAGCGCAGAGACCCACUAUCGUCAAUUCAUACACCUUUAUAUAUACACUCAACAGAGUCUUUUCUGUUUUUUCUUUUUUACUUUUAUCUAACGAAGAAGAAGAAGAAGAAGAAUAUAAGAAUUGCAGUGUCGUUGCCCGCUGCUUCUUCUUUGCUUCUGCUCUACGCUUUCACUCUCAAUCCUUUUUGCUUAGUAUACAACUUCAAACUCUCCUCCUUUUUGCUUCAAUCGUUUUCUUCUCCGGUGUUCUUCGUUGAGAACUUGCAUAUGGAUGAUCGGAAGGAGAAAACUGCUCCCUGGCUUUCAGUGCCACAAUUUGGAGACUGGGACCAGAAGGGACAGCUGCCUGAUUACUCGCUUGAUUUCUCAAAACUUAGGGAAAAUAGGAAACAAAACAAGAGAGACGUGUCUCGGGCGAGUCUUGGAAAUGAAGAGGAGCUCAUUGCCAAAGCCGCACCCCCAACGACAACAGACACUUUCCCUACUGAUAAUCAUCACCCUUAUCAUCAGAAUCACCACUCCCCACCAACAAGAAAGAGCAUUUUAAGUUGCUUCAACUGCUGCGUGAAAGCUUGAAUUAAGUAAAAGGUCUGUCUUGAAGAUGACCUCUGCAGGCCCACUUGUAAGUUUAAAUGUCAUUGUAUUAAUUGCUUUGGUACGAAUACCUCUAUUCUCCUUUAUUUGAAUUAGAACAAUUGUAUUAUAUGUUUGGAUUUUGUAUGAUGGCUUUGUUCUUGCCAGUGGCAGCAGCUACUGUUUCAUUAUUUUUGUCUCUAAUUAAUCCAUUAGUUAUAGAAUCCAUUUGGAAUGACUCUCUCGAGGAUCUGGAAUCUUAAACAUUUAGUCUGCUUAAGCCCACUUCAGACUCGAACACCCUAAUGAGGGGCAAUUUGAAUUGCACCAUUGGAGUGGGUCAUCAUAGCACAUUUCAUGUUUUGGGCAGUAAUCUGUACAACUAUAACAUACAAGUAUAGUAAAUACUAUUUCAAAAA